AUGUCACCGCACAAUGGAGCUCCUUCCUCCCAGGCGUCUAUAGAAACAGCGCCUUCAUCAGCCCACGGAACACUUCAUACCACUACCACCACUUCUGGCUCACCCCCUUCGGAUUCCUCGCGCAGCAUCAGCAUUGGUUCCUCCCUGGGACUGCCUCCCUCCUUACCCGGACGGCCGUCGAGCGUACCCUCAAAGAGGGUGGAGAUCCCCCGGCUCUCUGCAGCUACUACCGAGUUACUGGCGCGGGUCACCGGGAACCUCAAAGGACCGCAGCAGAGGAAUAAUAAUGAUAGAUUUGUUACAUGGAACCCAUCAACAGUUACUCGGACGUUCGAAAGCCAGAAUAGCAACUCCACAAUGGGGAAAAUGAGGGCCUCUUCUACAAUUAUUGAAUUGCCUACGGCGCCGUUCGUGUAUUCGAACACUGUGGCGCCACCGGCGGUUCCUCAGCCUGCCUCCCCAGCGCCUCAAGGAACUACAGGAGACAUAGUAAAGCCUACAAAUCUACCCAACCUCGCCCCCAAACCGCCCAGCACAACACCAAUUGACGCAGUAUCAAGACAUUCAGGGUCUCCAGUCCCGGUCAAUGUCGACCUAAAACCCACAAGUUCAACGCCCGUCGAUGCAGUAUCACGGCACUCGGCGUCCCCAAUUCCAGUCAAUAUCGCCCCAAAACCAAGCCCGACACCUGUCGGUGCGGUUUCAGCACCAACACAAUUGACUGCAUCCAUAUCAGCAGAACCCACAGCUGAGAUCAAAAUUGCCCCUAAACCAAAUGGGACAUUGUCGAAUGGUGCAGCACCAGGAUCGACACCCUUGCCUACACAGGAGCCACAGCCAGCAGCAAAGUCCAAGAGGCCACAAACCGCAGCUGGCUCGCGCCAGCGAAAGGGUGCGGCAAAUGGUAACAAGCGCGGCAAGAAGCGCAAACGAAAUAAUGAUAGUGACGGGGAAGAUAUCAUAAGGGCCGGUGACUCCAGUAGCGACGAAUCAGAUGUUGCACCAACAGCGACGCAAACAAAAUCAGGCCGCUUGGUCAACCGGCCUUCUCUAUAUGUGCCUGCACCGUCAGCUCCUACGGUAGCCAAGGAGGUAAGCAAUUCGGCCGACGCGUCUGAUUAUGCAGCCGUCGCACGAAAGCGUAAACGUAUCCACCGCCGAGGGAAAGAUGCGAUUAUCACUUGCUUGCAUUGUCAGAGGGGUCAUAGCCCAUUGAGCAAUUCGAUCGUAUUCUGUGACGAGUGCAAUGCCGCAUGGCAUCAGUUGUGUCACGAUCCUCCUAUUGCCGCAGAUGUUGUUGCGGUCAAGGAGAAGGAAUGGUUCUGUCGGGAAUGCCGGCCUGUCCAGAUUUCUGUCAUUCAGCCAACAGUUGUGCGGAGCAAUCCUGACCUCACAUCUGGGCCAUUAGUCCCUAGUUAUCCUCCGCUAUCAGUCCCCAAAGGCGACGUUGGUGCAGCGGAAUUUUCGGCUGAUGAGCGACGAGGCUUCCUGUCGGGUCUUUCGCAUGCAACCCUCGUUGAGCUCCUGAUGACCAUCUCGGACAACAACCCGAUAUUGCCGAUGUUUCCUGAGAAUAUGAGGGAUCUUCAGUCGUCCAAGUUCGCGUUUCGAUUGCCAAUUUCGGAUGCCUCGACUCCGUCGACAUCGGUGUCGGGUAAUAUUUCGACAAGCAAUGAUACAAGGGAUUCCACGUCUACAUCUACUGAAGUAAACAAACACAAUGAGGACUCUGUCCCCGAAGCCACAUCUUCAUCGUCUGCUCAAAGGCGGUAUGAGGAGAUCUCUGAUGACGACUCGGAAUAUGAAUUUCAGGAGCACCGGUUGUAUCCACGUGCUGGGAACGGAUUCCGGCUAUCGCUCAAUGUGGAUGACAUGGAUAUCAUGCGCGAAGACCCUGCUUGUCCUACCUUCAGCUAUUCGCUACACGGACCUGCGCAGGUACGCGCACAGCUGAACGAAAUGGUUCCAGUGUGGGGAACAUGA